AUGCCUCAAAUGAUUGAGGCUACUAAAGCUGAAGUGGAAUUUUUGAAGCAGCAUAAAAUUUUAUUAAGAAUAUCUGUUGAUAACUAUAAAAGUCAAGCCCAGCAUUUUAAAAAAAGAUCUUUUACCAAUGAUGAGACAUUUGCAAAGUUCUCAGAAAUUAAAUGAGCAUACUUCCCCGACCUUAUGAAAUGGCCUUUAAAAACUCUUACUCCCCCCCGCUCCGUGAGUGAACAAAACCAUUAGAAAAAUCGCUAUUUUUUGCCCAAAAACCCACCCUCCGUGAGGAAACAACGGAAAAAAAAAAAUUUGAUAUAUAAAUGAUAAUUAUUAUAAUGAAAUCUAGAGCUAAUUCUGUUUAAUUUUAAAACUAAUUGCUUUUUAAAAACAUAAAUUUUAUAAAUUAAAUUAAUAUUUGCUUUCCAAUUUUUGCGAAUUAGGAUUUUUUUGAAUUUCGAAAAAAAAUUUUUUUAAAAAAAAUAAAUUAACCCCCUCAGUGAGUGAACAAAAUUUUUUUUGUUCUCUCACAGACGGGGGGGGGAGUUAAAGACUUGGAAUACAAUGAAAUAACUGAUGAAACAAUAAAUGCUUUAACAUUGUUUAAAAAUCAAAUUAGCCAAGCUAAAAAUGUUUCUUUUUUUAUGACAAAUUGUUGAAUUGGAUUUCUAUCACCUAUGAUUAGGCUGCUACAAUAA